AUGGCUUUUACGGAGACCUGUGUUCAAGUCAAUGUGACUGUCCAUCUACCGCAUACGGACUGUGUAAUCACAUCACGGGUGCCUGCACGUGUAAACCAGGAUAUGUGGGAGAUGCAUGUCAAACAGAAUGUCCUGAUAAUUCAUAUGGGGUAAAUUGCUUAGGAGUAUGUGACUGCCUGACUACUCAUACCUCGUACUGUGACAAAAGAACAGGUUAUUGUGUGUGUACUAGUGGCUGGGAGGGCACAAGGUGUGAUACAGUUGUAGCCAGUAUCUCGGAGUCCCUGUUAACAUCGCCUGUCAUUGUUGGAGCAAUCGUCGUAGCAGCUACAUUAUUGCUUGUGUUAAUCAUUUUGUUUAUACUAUGGAAAAUUUGCAGAUGUUCCUGUACAGAAGUUAGACACCGGGCACAUAAGGACAAAGGAGCAGUGCUAUUGAUGAACUCGCCAAUUACUCCCGGAUCAAACAAUGCUGCAAUAUCAGCAAUGGCUACCACCACGACCCAGCUGAAGCAUGACGGGAUAUAUUACUACAACGCAGACCUGAAGAAAGCUACCGAAGCUGUGGAAGAUAACCCAGAUCACUCUCAAAACAGUAAAGACAUUGAUACAUAUUACUACGGUGGCAUUCAAGGUGCUCCUCCUCCAGCUAAUGCCUCGAACACACCUUCUAAACGUCCUAUAAACGAAACAUACUAUGAUGAUGGCGAUGUUGGUGGAGUUGUUGAACCAGGCAUAAAUGAUGCAGAAAAGGGAAAAACCUCUUCAGCAACGAGUUCAUAUCAGAAUGUUUCAUCUCCUGCAAAAACUACAAAUACACCCGUCCAGAAGGUCAAUCGUCCAGCAUUGCCGGCUCUUCCACGGUUUGGAUCUGAUCUUAAUAAACCAACUGAGAGGAUUUAUAGAAAUGAAACUGUCGAAACACCGUUCGGUUCAAAACCAACCUAUGGUAACACUGGGCGAAAGUUACCGGGGCUUGAUGUCAAUGAUAAGUACGAAAGUUUAGAUAGUAACACACGAGACACUUCUAGUGAAUACGCCGAAUUAAAAUAAUGGAAUCUAGAUAUGUGUAUCCCAAUCAAAAUGCACAGUAAUUAUAGCUAAUUACACACCACUAUGUGAAUUGGAAAACCAAUGUAUAGAAUGUCUUAGUGUUGGUUUACUGAAGUACACUGGGUAACUAUCGUCCGCGUUCUUCUUUUCAUUUAAAACAAUGAGCCAGAACUCGAGAAAGAAGCAAGACGGAAAAGAACGUAGGCUCUUCUUCAUCAAUAUAAAACACCUACUUCUAUAAGUUGUAGAAAAUGCUGCAGUUGACAAGAACAUUAUUUAUUAUUAAUAUCAACAUCUUAUAAAUUACGAAAAAAAAUAUGCCAAUCGCCUUAUAUAAAGUGUUUUUUCUUUAAUAUAUCCACGAACAAUAUUAAGUGUUACCACAUCAUCUAUUUAAAUGUAGAGUUUUAUUUAUUUUCAUAUCAAAGAAAACAUAUUAUCUGAAUAUAUUGACAAUUUAAAUAUUUGUUUAAUUACUUUAAAUGCAUUUUAUAAACGGUCAUACUUGCAAUAAUUGGUGACAUUGUGGAAAUACACUCGAAAUACUUCAGGUGAAUACGCCGCGUUAACAUAAAAGCUGUUGGAACAAAAUGCUUAUGGUCAAAAUAAUACAUACCACUGUUUAAUACAUUGAAGUAAAAAGAUGUUUCUUUAAAUAUUUAUUUAUUUGUGGAUUUUACGUAAUCGAACAAAAUCAAUCGUGCAGUCUUUAUAUUAAUAAUUCGUUAUAUCACAACAUGUCAGAAAAAGAAAAACAAAUGUUUUAGUCUUGAAACUCGAUAUUGAAUGGUUAUAUCGCCAAAUAGCUAGAAAAGAACACCUGUACUUUUAAAUACACGACAAAUUGACAACCGAAUUAAAUUGUAGAAAUUGUUCAAAACGACUAAAACAUUCAGUUUGAUGUCAGAGUUUGUCAUUUGUUAAGCAUUCAAAGUUAUUCGAGAAAACAGUAAGAUUUUCUUUCUUCUCUUAAAUAUCAAGUGCGCAUAUGUGUUAAUGCUGCAUUAUAAGUGAAUAGAACA